UUUGUUUUACAGAGGAGAAGAGGAGGGGAAGAAGAGAUUGAGAUUGAGAGAGAAAUGGAAGGAAGAAACAGAAUUCAUCUCAGAGAGAUGCAAUUAGGAGGAGGAGGAAGAUCAUCACAAAUCCCUCUCCAUCCAAUCGAGAACCACCACCACCACCACCACCUCCAACAACCAGAUUUCCACCCCCAUCAAGCCCUAAUUGAAGAACAACUCCACCACCAACACCGUGAAAUGCAAAACCUAUUAUUAGACAAUCAACGAUUAGCAGCAACACAUGUAGCACUCAAACAAGAAGUUUCAGCAUCCAAUGAAGAAAUCCGUCACAUCUCUACUGUUGCUUCUCAGGUGAAAGCAGAUAGAGACAUUGAAAUCAGAGAAUUACAUCAACAUUCAUUGAAAUUAGAAUCGGAGGUUUUAACAAUAGGGAAAUUCAGUGCUGAGUUAGCUCAAGCAAAGGUUGAUAUACAUAAAUUGAAUGCCAACAAAUUGGAGUUAACUUCCAAGUUGCAGACAGUUAAUGGUGAUCUAGUUAGGGUUCGUCAAGAACGGGAAGAAGCUAAAUCAAUUGAGUCUGACAUCGAUGCCAUGCGGAUUGAGGUUCAAAAGGGAAGGGCUGCUAUUGAGUUUGAGAAAAAGGCGCAUGCUGAAAACCUUGAACAUAAGCAAGUAUUGGAGAAAAACAUGAAUGAAUUGACUCGAGCAAUUGAGAAACUACGUUCCGAGCUUGCUGACGCGGAGAAGAGAGCUCAAGCGGCAAACACAGCUAGUGCUUCUGUCAUGGUUGCUCCAAACCCAGGUCCUGUAUAUGCUGGAAGCUAUGGACAUCCUCAGAUGGGAUAUGUGGGAGUCGGACAUUCAUAUGUGAAUCCUUAUAACAUGCAUCACAUGGUGGAACCCAAUUUUGAUGCUCGGUUUCAGUAUGGAUCAGAAGCAAUUGCAUAUGCCCCAUAUGGCGUACAACAGAGUCAAGUGUAUAGAUGAAUCCUGUUAGACAUUGACAUUUACCAAAAAAGAAAAAAAACAACAACAACGUUAGACACUGAAACACCAGGAGUCAACAUGUAAUACGUUUCUUAACCUAAAGAUUCUUAUUCAUGCCUUGCACAAUAUGAGAGAACUUAGAUUAUUUUUCUUCCGGGUUGCCCCAGAAAAUAGAUUUUUCUUAUCCUCCUGGGUGUUUCAAAUGUUAUAACUUAUAAUGUUAUCAUAUAGAUUCAGCCAUCGGACGGACGUUUCAAAUGUUACAACUUAUAAUGUUAUCAUAUAGAUUCAGCCAUCGGACGGACGGCUCAAUCCGAGUCAGUUCCUGAAUCUGCAGAUUAGCGUUGUAUUUGUAACUGAGACUCUGAUCUUGGUGCUUUUGCACUUCAAGAUUUGCAAAAUGUUGGUUUUACUUUUUUGGCU